UAUUUCUUUCCGUUCCCGCCUCCGUUCUCGUUGACCUUCACUCCUCCUCCGGCUCUGGGAAGAAGGGUCGCUUUCUCACCUGCCUGAGACUUUUUUUUUUUCCAUCGUGCUGGGUUCUGCGGGCUGCGCUGCCCGGGCGGCCCUGGGGCCCUGGCAAUCUAGGUUGCGCGCUCCACCGAGGCGCUCCUCGCCACCCCACCCCCCCACUCUUGUGGCCCCUCUUUUGAUUUCCUGGUGCGGGGUUGUGGCGUGCACAACUGAGGGUAUCUCCUUUUAAUUGGAAGGUGGGGGAGCAGGUCCUCUUCGGCAGUUCGCCCCUCGCCCUGCUCCUCUCCUUCCGGGUCCCACCCGACCAAACCAAAGACCAUGGUGCACUGUGCCGGCUGCAAAAGGCCCAUCCUGGACCGUUUCCUCUUGAACGUGCUGGACAGGGCCUGGCACGUCAAGUGCGUCCAGUGCUGUGAAUGUAAAUGCAACCUGACCGAGAAGUGCUUCUCCCGGGAAGGCAAGCUCUACUGCAAGAAUGACUUUUUCAGGUGUUUCGGUACCAAAUGCGCCGGCUGCGCACAGGGCAUAUCCCCCAGUGACCUGGUUCGGAGGGCACGGAGCAAAGUGUUUCACCUGAACUGCUUCACCUGCAUGAUGUGUAACAAGCAGCUCUCCACGGGUGAGGAGCUGUACAUCAUCGACGAGAACAAGUUUGUCUGCAAAGAGGAUUACCUAAGCAACAGCAGUGUCGCCAAAGAGAACAGCCUCCACUCGGCCACCACGGGCAGCGACCCCAGUUUGUCUCCAGAUUCCCAAGACCCGUCGCAGGACGAUGCCAAGGAUUCGGAGAGCGCCAACGUGUCGGACAAGGAAGGGGGCAGCAACGAAAAUGACGACCAGAAUCUGGGGGCCAAGCGGCGGGGGCCACGCACCACCAUUAAAGCCAAGCAGCUGGAGACGCUGAAGGCUGCCUUCGCCGCCACGCCCAAGCCCACGCGCCACAUCCGGGAGCAGCUGGCUCAGGAGACCGGCCUCAACAUGCGCGUUAUCCAGGUCUGGUUUCAGAACCGGCGCUCCAAGGAACGGAGGAUGAAGCAGCUGAGCGCUCUGGGAGCCCGGCGCCACGCCUUCUUCCGCAGUCCGCGUCGGAUGCGGCCGCUGGUGGACCGCCUGGAGCCGGGCGAGCUCAUCCCCAACGGGCCCUUCUCCUUCUACGGAGAUUACCAGAGCGAGUACUAUGGCCCCGGGGGCAACUACGACUUCUUCCCGCAAGGUCCCCCGUCCUCGCAGGCCCAGACGCCAGUGGACCUUCCCUUCGUGCCGUCGUCCGGGCCGUCGGGGACGCCGCUGGGCGGCCUGGAGCACCCGCUGCCCGGCCACCACCCGUCCAGCGAAGCGCAGCGGUUCACUGACAUCCUGGCGCACCCUCCAGGGGACUCGCCCAGCCCGGAGCCCAGUCUGCCGGGGCCCCUGCACUCCAUGUCGGCCGAGGUCUUCGGGCCCAGCCCACCCUUCUCAUCCUUGUCAGUCAACGGCGGAGCGAGCUAUGGGAACCACCUGUCCCAUCCUCCCGAAAUGAACGAGGCGGCCGUGUGGUAGCGAGUCACGCUAGGUCCUGCGCGGAGUUAGUGCUUGUACAGAAAUGAACCUUUAUUUAAGAAAAA